GCUAAUUGGUAGCAUUGAUAAGGUCUCCUUGCAAGAGGGAGUGGUUAGCCAAACUUCAGGUCAGGUUAAAAAGAGCUGUUGAGAUACCUGUUGGAGUUACCUGAGCUGUAUUUUCUAAGCAUUUUGAUACAGACUCCUUAGGAUCCCGCGAUGGGGAAAGAAAAGACCCAUAUCAAUAUCGUGGUCAUUGGCCACGUGGAUUCUGGGAAGUCUACCACCACUGGUCACCUCAUCUAUAAGUGUGGCGGCAUCGACAAGAGGACCAUUGAGAAGUUUGAAAAGGAAGCAGCCGAGAUGGGGAAGGGCUCCUUCAAGUACGCCUGGGUGCUAGACAAGCUGAAGGCAGAGCGGGAACGAGGGAUCACAAUCGACAUCUCCCUGUGGAAGUUUGAGACCACCAAGUACUACAUCACCAUCAUUGAUGCUCCUGGCCAUAGGGAUUUCAUCAAGAACAUGAUCACUGGAACCUCUCAGGCGGACUGUGCAGUCCUGAUUGUGGCCGCUGGCGUGGGUGAGUUUGAAGCUGGCAUCUCGAAAAACGGUCAGACCCGUGAGCAUGCCCUGUUGGCCUAUACUCUGGGGGUGAAGCAGCUCAUCAUUGGCGUGAACAAGAUGGACUCCACGGAGCCCCCUUACAGUGAGAAGCGCUACCAAGAGAUCACCAAGGAAGUGACCGCCUACAUCAAAAAGAUCGGCUACAACCCCGCCGCGGUGGCCUUUGUGCCCAUCUCUGGCUGGCAUGGAGACAACAUGCUGGAAGUCAGCAACAAAAUGCAGUGGUUCAAAGGCUGGAAGAUAACAAGGAAGGAAGGGACUGCAACUGGGACCACGCUGAUGGAAGCUCUGGAUUCCAUCAUUCCUCCCUCCCGUCCUACUGACAAACCUCUCCGCCUUCCUCUACAAGACGUCUACAAGAUUGGUGGUAUUGGUACUGUCCCAGUGGGCCGGGUAGAAACAGGGAUCCUGAAGCCUGGCAUGGUGGUAACCUUUGCGCCAAGCAAUAUCAUCACUGAGGUGAAAUCAGUAGAAAUGCACCAUGAAGCACUGGCAGAAGCAUUGCCUGGAGACAAUGUUGGGUUCAAUGUGAAGAAUGUGUCUGUGAAAGACAUCCGCCGAGGGAACGUGGCUGGGGACAGCAAGAACGACCCUCCUAUGGAGGCAGGCAACUUCACAGCCCAGGUUAUUAUCUUAAACCACCCAGGGAGGAUACAAGCUGGUUAUGCCCCAGUCUUGGAUUGUCAUACAGCGCACAUCGCUUGCAAGUUUGCUGAACUGACUGAGAAGAUUGACCGCAGGUCUGGCAAGAAGCUGGAGGACAGCCCCAAGGAACUGAAGUCUGGAGAUGCGGCCAUUGUCCAGAUGAUCCCUGGCAAACCCAUGUGUGUGGAGAGUUUCUCAGACUACCCUCCACUUGGUCGUUUUGCCGUCCGCGACAUGAGGCAGACAGUGGCCGUUGGAGUGGUCAAGGCUGUCGAUAAGAAAGCCAGUUCGGCAGCCAAAGUCACCAAGUCGGCAAUGAAAGCCAGCAAGAAGUAAAUGGCAGAGAAAAUGCUUUGUGUAUGUGUUCUAGGAUCUUGCUCACGAGUUGGCCGUUUAGAUGCCAAAAGGCCAGAUGUCUGAAGGAAAAGAUGAUUAUUUUUUUUGUGCCUUACAAAACAGAUGACAUGUAAUCCCUUUUCCCCAUAUCUUCUUUUUCCCACAGAGUGAUAUUAACUAGAAUAUCAAAUAAAUGGCAGAUGGUGGUGGAGAGCUGGA